GGUGGGGGGAAAGAGGAGGGGGAGUGGCAGAAGCUGCAGGCACCACUGAGCACAAUACAGAAAGAGAGAGAGAGAGAAACGAUAGGCGGCAGCAGUAUAACAAACAGCAUCCCUCCAGCACAGAUAAAGAGAUAGAGAGAGAGAUCAUCAAGACAGACAGAGAGAUCAUCAAGACAGAUAGAGAUCAUCAAGACAGACAGAGAGAGAUCAUCAAGACAGACAGAGAGAGAUCAUCAAGACAGAGAGAGAUCAUCAAGACAGAGAGAGAGUUCAUCAUUACAGAGAGAGAUCAUCGAUGGAGAGAGAUCAUCAAUACAGAGAGAGAUCAUAAAGACAGAGAGAGAGAGAGAGAGAGAGAGAGAGAUCAUCAAAACAGAGAGGGAGAUUUUGAAGACAGAGAGAGAGAGAGAUCAUCAAGACAUUGAGAGAUCAUCAAUACAGAGAGAAAGAGAGAGAUUAUCAAUACCGACAGGGGGAUCUUCAAGACAGAGAUAAAGCUCUUCAAGACAGAGAGGGAGAUCAUCAAGACAGAGAGGGAGAAGGGAUUAUAUUUUCAUAGCUUUUACUCAGAGUGCUGGCCAGAGCUUGUACAGAGAGGAAGAGAGAGGAGAGAGUGACACAGACGGAGAUAGAGAGUGGAGUGAAGAUUUUAAUCCUCUUGGCAUGCGAGUGUGUCCCUGGCUGCUUGGAAUGUGUUGCAGCUAACCCGGGGGCCAGGACGGAAGGAACAACUCUCACCAUGCUGGGGAAGGAUUACAUGCUCGCCAUCAUCAUAGUCAAUUAUGACGACAACAUUUGGAACGACCCAAGCCUUGAUUUGGACUCUGACCUACCGUCAGGGUGGCGCACCAUCCGGGACAGCACCGGCACCUAUUACUGGCACGUGGCCACUGGCGCCACCCAAUGGCAGCACCCGUCCUACAGCACCGAGGAGGACCAGAACUCCAUCAAUGGCAUCACUGCCGCGGACAUCAAGAGCCUGGAGGCUGGGGGCAGACGUGAAUCAAGGGCAAGGCUGACAGAGAGCCCAUUGGCCUCCAUAAAUGACAGGGUCUCCUGGCAGGACGAUUAUUUCUGCACCAACAUGGAUCCUGACUCCAAGUGUUUUGCAGUGCGCUCCCUGGGCUGGGUGGAGAUUCCAGAAGAGGAGCUGAUCCCGGGGAAGAGCAGUCUGGCUGUCAAUAACUGCAUCCAGCAGCUGUCCAGCAGCAAGGCAGAGGGCCGCGAUGACACACUGGGCGCCUGGGGAGAGGGCCAGGACAUGAUGAUGGUUCUGAAGAAGGAUACCCUCAGCCUGAUGGACCCAGUGGACCGCAGCCUUCUCCACUGCCAGCCUAUCAUUGACAUCCGCGUGUGGGGCGUGGGCUGCAACAACGGCAGAGAUUUUGCCUUCGUGGCCAGCGACAAAGACACCUCUAUGCUGAAGUGCCAUGUGUUUCGCUGUAACGCCCCAGCAAAAACCAUCGCCACGGCUUUGCACAAAAUGUGCUCAAAGAUCAUGGCAGAGAAGACCACUAGAAGCCCAUCUAUGGCCCGCUCCCUCACCAUGGCGACCAUCUCCCCUGAGGACCUGCCACGCCAAGUGGACUUCCUGGAUGCAAUGAGGCAGAGGGUGCAGAAGUUUGAGGUGCAGUACAUCGGAAACCUGCCCGUCUCCAGGGCAAUGGGUAUGGAGGUGCUGAACCGGGCCAUAGAGAGCAUCAUGAACACCUCAGACAGUGAAGAUUGGGAGCCCAUCGUCAUCCACAUCUCUGACACUGUCCUGUCACUCUGGAAAGGAGAGGAUGGAGAUGAUCCAUUUUGGGAAUGUCAAGUGCGUUUGCUGACCUUUCUGGGUGUGGGGCAUGAUACACACACCUUUGCAGUGAUAGUGGACGGCGGGACGCAGCGGUUUGAGUGUCAUGUUUUCUGGUGUGAGCCAGACGCAGGGAUAAUCUCUGAGUCUGUGCAGGCUGCGUGCAUGGUCCAGUACCAGAAGUGCUUGGUAGCCCAGACUCCACCACCCAGGUCCAAAAUGUGGCGGGCGGGUUCCAAGGUGAAGCGGGCCAACUCCAUGGACGGCUUCAGUUUUCCAGCUCCCCGUCACCAAGGACUGUCCCCUCCCAAGGCUGGCUCCUCCACCACCAAAAAGAGCAUGCUGGCGUUUUUUGAGACUUUCAGAAAUAAACAGUCCGCCGUUUCCACACCAUAACAACCAGAGAGGGUGGGAGAGGAUGGAUGGAGGGAGGGAGAGAGGUGGAGCAAGUGACGGAUGGAGGGAGGGAGUAAGAGACGGAAGGGGAGUUGAGUUAA